ACGCGCACGUGCGACUUACGCAGUUCGUGGUUGCACUGUCGCGAGGACGGACGAGAUAACGCCGUAUCCGCCGUCACUCCGGUCCCGCGAGGUCUUCGCUUCGGUGACAUCCGCGUUCGAUUCCGCCGAGUACUUCGAGCGAGCCCAACGCCGUCGGUUCGAGAGAGGGAUACGAAUCUGAACGAGAGAGAGAAGAGAGGUGCAAAUUCCAGGAGCGAGCUCGUUGACACUCGUCGCAAGAUGUUCUCCGGCCUGACGAAUCAGGUGUCCAAUUGGAUGGGGAAGAAGCCCGAGAACGGCAGCGAGGUGACAGGCGAGCAGAAGGUCGCCUCCCCGGAUGCCGAGAGCGCCGUGGAUCUCGAGAAAAAGAACAAUACCAGUCCGAAGGGUAAUAAAUUGGAAAUGUUAGCCGGGGUAAAGAAUCAAAUGUCCGGUUGGUUGAGCGGCGGUAUACCUGGAUUAAGCCGCGGCGCCGGAACCGGCGAAGGCGAGGCCCCGCCGUCAGCUGAGACAGAAGAGAGCCAGGAGCCUCAAGAGAGUCAGGCUCCCGUCGGUGAACAAGUCAAGGAUGAUGACGCAAGCAGGUACGCAACCGGUGGAGCGGACAGCGGUCCCGCAAGUUUAGAGGGCACUCCGACCGACGACAAAAAUGGACAACAGGCUUUUGGUGCCGUUUCCACGAAGGCGCUGGCGGGUGCAAAGAGCCUCGGCGGAUUUUUGUACAGCGCCGUGAACAAGGCCGGGAAGACCGUGGUGGAGGCCAGUGUGAAGAUCAAGAAGACCGUCGAAGAGAACAGGCUGAUCGCCGAACUCAAUAAGGAACAGGAGGCUUUCAUCGCCAGCAAGCAGGCGGGCGAGAAGGGUGAGGCUGUUGCACCCUGGGUCGGCGCGCCGAACGAGGACGCGCUACGCGAGGAAUGCCUGUCGCUCUCAACCGUGAGUGAUUUCCGCUUUCUUCUUUCAUUAUACGUAAAGGCUUGAGAGAGUUUCGAGAUAUUUAGGAAACUUCCUGUCGUAAGCUCUUGUGACGCAUCGCAAUCUCCUCUCAAACUAGAGUUUUUCUAUCUUUGUCGCGAGAUUAUAAGGGAACCUCGCGAAUUCUCAUUUUCUGAUUUUAAUAUAACUUUGCACACAUGUAGAAGGAGUAAAUGGAUGAAAUUUACAAUAAACUUUAGAAGCUUUUAGAGUUGAUGCUAAAAAACUACUUUAAGAGUGAAACCAUUCUUCAUGUUUAAAGUAGUUUUCGGUUUUUUUUCCAUAUAUCUCGAAAACUAUAAAUGUUUUACACAAAAAUUUUAUUGUAAG